AAAUGUUUACAAUAAAAUAAUCCCAUUUGGCUGAAUUCAAUAUCAUAUUCACAUGUAGUUCCCACUGCACCACCAUAACUAUUUAUCCACCUUCUAGGCCAGCCCCCCAACCCAAGUAUACUUCUAUUAAACCACACUACCCUCUCCCUCAUUCAUGUAAGUCCACUUCUUUUUUGUUUCUGGUUUCUGUUUCUUUCUUAUCUGUUUUUCUUCUUCUUGGAGAGAGAGGAAUUAAAGAAAGAGAAAAAGAUCAUGUCUUCAGUGUUGGGCUCACAAGGGGUGGUCUUGGCCACAGCCAUGGCGGUUUCUGGCACUGUCAUCCUCCUAGCUCUUCGCCUACAGAAAUCCUUGCCCAAUUCUCACUUCCCAGUUGACCAAAUCAACCAGUCCUCACCUCAAAUUCUACGAUCUUGUAUAUCUUCUGAAGGAAAGAAGAGGAGGAAGAAGAACAAAAGGGUGCACUUUGCAGAGGAUGUGGUGGAUCCAAGUGGAGAUGGUCAGGAGUUUAGAAGGCAGCAUCAGAUAAUUACCUCCACUUCUUCCAAUUCUUCUUCUUCUUGCUUGUCGGCAUCUUCAACUUCAUCUACAGUACUGAAUUUUAAAAAGACAAGGGCCCAAAAAUUCAAAGGACCAAUGCCUGCUAACCGCGCGGCUCUCUACAAUGGAAUUCUCAGGGAUCGUGUGGUUCACCGAUUGGCCUACUCAUACUGAUUCACACGUUCUCUGUAUAUUGUGUAUAAACAUUAGUGCUUUCUUUUUCUUUUUCUUCUUUAAUUUGUACAAAUUUUCUUCUGAGGUUAUAAGGAAUAUUCGGAAUUGUAAGGAAUGAUGGGCCCACAGGUUUUGGUAGUU